UUUUUCAAAAUUUUUCCCCUGAAAAAUUUUAUUUUAGUGAUCCAAUAAUCCCCAAAAAGGAAGCAUUUAUCAAUGACAAAUAUGUUCGACUACUUUAUGCAAUUAGACCAGCAAAAGAUGAAUUUACUGUGGAUGAUUUGAACAGACAGUUGUGGUCUAGUGUUCGGACUGGACAUGUUAUUACAGCAUUAAGGUUGGUUUUCAUUUUCUGUGAUCAUGUAGUUCUGUGGUUUAGUGGUAUUUGUUUGGGUUAUCUUUGUUGAGGUGUCAGGUUCGAGUCCGUUUGGACGUCAUUUUUUGUUUUUGUUAGUUUUUUUUUUAUUUUUUUAUAAUUUUGCAAAAUGUUAAGUUGAAAUUCUAAUUAUUUUUUGCUCCAUGGAAAAUUAAAUCAUUUCUAUUUUAAAUAUUUUUUGCAGAUUAUUAGCGCUUGGUGCAUCUCCAGAUUUUGUCGAUCAAGGAAACACUCCACUGCAUAUUGCUGCAAAAAAUGGUCAGGAUCUUCAAGUUGAAUUAUUGUGGAUUUAUGGAGCCGAUUUUUCUUGUAAAAAUUCUUGUGGACAAACACCUGCCGAAGUUGCUAAAAAGGAAGGACAUUCCCCAACUAAAUUUUGAAAGAAAUCCCGUCCAGAGAAUACGAUUUUGUUGUAAAAAUAUUUCUUUUUUUCAAGUUGGAACUAUCCGAAAGAAUAAUUGAACUUUCAUUUGAAGUUUCUGAUCAUUUUUCUCUUUUUCUGUGUGGUCGAAAACCUUCACACAAAGACAAUCAACACUUUUUAAUCCCCGAUUUGGUCGAUCCUUUCAUCUCCGAAAGAAUGCACAAUCUUGGAAAGCAAGUACAUUUAAUUUCUGAUUUACUUUUUGAAAGGCUUGUACAGGAUGUUUAUGAUGAGGUUGAUAGACGUGAAAUUGAAUUGCAAUGGUCUGCCUUAAAUAAUUCUCAAAUUAGAAUGCAUAAACAUGUGGCUAUAUUUUUACCGCCAAAUCCUCAACUUUCUGCUACACGUAACCAAAUGCGUCAAAAAUUGGCAAAAUUUAGUUCAUCAGAUUUUUUCUAUUUGGUAAUUGAUUUACUUAAAGAAAUUAGAAGACGUUAUUUUGGAAUACAAAUUCCUGUUGAGGAUGUGAAAAAUAAUGAAAUUUCUUUUUUGAGUGAUGAACAAUUGGAUGGUGUUUAUUCUGAUAAUAGAGGGAAAUUGUGUCUUUCUGAAAGUUCAACUGAAAAUAGGUUUUUUUUAAUUUUUUCCUUCUGUGCUUCUAAAAAGUCCGCAAAAGGGAUGUCAAGGAUUACUCGAAACCCGGACUUUUUUUGGCCCAAACCCAACCCGAGAAAUUUUCGAAAACGCGACCCAAUUUCCUCUUCUGAUGCCCUUUCUAUUCCUUGGAGUUUGGUAAGUCAAAAUCAUAAAACUUUACAUUCUGACCAAGAACAUCACUUUUCUUCAUUAGAUAAUUAUUUGGAAUUAAAAGAAAAAUUGAGAGAUACAAAUGAGAAACUGGAAAGGAUGGAAAUGUCAAAUUCUGAAAUUUUGGGAACUCUUAAACAAAUGCAACGAGCAUUGGAAAGAUUAGAAUAUGACCAAACAAAUAUUCGACAGGAAAUGAAUGAAAAAUUGUGGAAACAAUAUAAUCAAUAUAAUAGAUCAGCAUCGCCAACACAAGGACAGCAAACUUCAACUAAAACCCCACCUUUACAAAAUUCCUUGUCUGUGUCCUUAAAUAAUGCUACAGCUCAAAUUGGUGCAGUAAUGAUGUCAGCAUCUACUUUAAUGAGACCUACUCAUCAGCAACAACAAAAAUAUGUUCAUAAUUAUUCUACAGACACUUAUCCAUCAACAAAAAUUAGUGGACGUCAUUCAUCUACUAACAAUAACACAAAUAAUUUACUCCCAACAACACAAAUACCUUCAAUUCCUCUACAUUCAGCCCAUUCUUCUAGUUCAAUGAAAAUUCAAAAUAAUUUACUUGGACAUGAAGAAAGAUUAAAUUCUUUUGCUGGUUCAAGUAAAAUUGAUGGUGGAACAAAUUCUUUUAAUAAUAAUGAAAAGAAGCAUUCUUUGGGAAGUACUAAUAAUAUAAAUAAUAUUUCAAAUGAGACAAGAAGUUAUAGAAAAAAUUCGAGUCAUUCAAUUUCGCAUCUAAAAAUAGUUCAACAAAAAGAUGUUGAACAUUCAACAACAACUAGAAAUGAAACAAAUGAACAAUUAAUUAAUACAUCAAAUAAACAAGGAAAUUAUAUGAAUAAAAUAUUUAAUGAAGAAGUAUUCCCUGACAAUUUAAUAUUGGAAACGGAAUUAUUAACUACUGCAAUCAAGGCAUUAUUGGCCGAUUUACAACCAAAUAUAGAAAUAAAUAGUAGAGAAACAAAUGCAAUGUAUCAUGCUGAUACGAUCAAUCACCACAUUAUUCGAAUACUUAAUGUAAUCCCAGACUCGUAUAUCCGUAUCGAAUCAAUUCAACAAUGUGCCUUUAAAAUGGAAGCAGCAAUGAAACAAUUAUCAAGAAAAUGUAUUUCGAGGCCUUUAAAUAUUGACGAAGCUUGUCAGGCAGCUUAUGAUGUUGCUAAAGCAGCUAAAGAAUUGCUAGUUAUUGUUCAUAAACAAGCUGAAAAAAAUGUGGAAAUUUAAAUAAUAAAUUUUAACUUUUUUGGUGAAUAAUUAUUUUGAUAUGACGUUAUAACCGUCGAUAUUUUGUCACAUUUUUGCUUUGUCGAUCUUUUUACUUUUUUGCUCAUAUUGAUGUUUUGACCCUUUUUGCCCUUGUCGAUCUUUUAACAAAUUUAGCCUUAUCGAUGUUUUGACAAUUUUGGCCUGAUCGAUAUUUUAGUCAAUUUUUGUCGUGCCGGCCUUUUGACUGAUUUUGCCCUUGCCGGUCUAUUAUCAAUUUAUGGCCGUGACGACAUUUUGACUUAUUGUGGCUUUGUCGAUCUGGUACUACUGAAGAUUGUGGGGCUCUUUCUGCGGACUUUU